AUGUCAGUCUUCACUUACGACCCUGACCCGCCGCGGGUUUCGUCUCCCUGGCUCCAGUCCGCAGAUCCGGGGAAAUCGCGCGAGUCUUCGCCGGUCCCCGCCGGCCCCACCGCAUCGGGGUUUCUCUCGGAUUAUGGGGUUACCAAGUUAGAAGCCGAACCUCAGGAAGGGCCGACGGAGUAUAAACUGCAUCUACUCCUUCGGCAGAGGCGCAAGUUCCGGUACAUGAGUACUACCACCCGUGUUGCCGGUUCCCAACUGCCUCGGCCAUCUCCUGCCGAACCAAAGGCCCUCAGGCAUCGUGCUGCCAGUCUUUCUACUUCUGCUCAGACGCGUCAGGCACGCCUACUGCAACUGACUACCCAGCUUUUCUGGAGGUUGCGUCAGUCUUCGCCCUAUCAUGCUUCAACUAGCCAGGAGGUGGUGAUCCCACAGCUUGCAGACGACUUUACUUCCUCAACUGUCUCGAUCAAGCCUGGGAAACCCCUUCCGGGCCUUGAAGAAUCCAGGGGUGCCCUGUACGAGAUCGGUGUGGCUGAUGAUGGUACCCUCGUCGGCCUUACCAAGGAUGAGUUGGAUGAAAGCUUCGCCAACCUACGAAUUAUGGCGGCUAGCUUAGGAUGCGUGGUCGAGAUUCUGAGGCGUGUUGUUGUUGGUGAGUGUGAAUGGGUGGAUGACUCACCAUCUAAAGUAGCUCACCGAGAGGACCUAUGGGUUGCCGAGGCUCUCGUGACUCCAAACAAAGGGCCUACCGAGCGCUUCGAGGGCAACGGGCACUCCAAUGGUCCUACUCAUCAGGAUGCGGCCAAGUCGGAGCCCACACCAAGCGAUGGCCCAGCCGCUACCGAACAGCUGAGAGUGACGCUAACCGGGCCAACAACCUCCGGUAAGUCGACCUUGCUUGGUACGUUAUCCACCGGUACACUGGACAAUGGCCAUGGCAAGAGUAGGCUCAGCUUGCUGCGGCACCGACACGAGCUUGCAUCAGGUGUCACUAGCUCAGUGGCUCAAGAGCUUAUUGGAUACAAAGACAAUGAAGUCAUCAACUAUGACAAUGGGAAUAUAGAGUCCUGGAUUGGCAUCCACGAUUUUACCGGAGACGGGCGCCUGGUAUUCGUGUCUGAUUCCGCUGGCCACCCACGGUACCGGCGAACAAUCCUUCGCGGGAUCGUCGGGUGGGCACCUCACUGGACUCUUCUCUGCUUAGCCGCAGAUGACGAUGAGGGUGUAUCUGCCAUCCCUGGCCUCAAUACGGCGGUGCAAGAAGUAACCGAUUGCUCGACCAGUGGGAUCGAUUUGGCGAGAGCGCACCUUGAGCUCUGUCUCAAGCUUGAGUUGCCUCUCGCCAUCGUCAUCACCAAAGUUGACAAAGGCACCAAACCCGGUCUACAAAAGAUACUGAGCAAAGUUCUUACUAGCAUCAAGCAAGCAAACAGGACCCCCCGACUCCUUCACCCAGGGCGGUCCAGCAACCUUGAAAUUGCUCAAAUAUCCGGCGAGGACUUGGAUAGCGUGAAGAAAGCCAUGGGGCCAAUGUAUGCUAGUGGUGACUUGCUCGGUACCGUCCCCAUCGUGUUGACUAGCGCGGUGAACGGCACUGGUAUUGGGCUGGUGCAUGCGCUAUUGAAGACUCUACCAUUGCCUGCUGCACCUACUUCCCAGGACUUGACUGGGCCGGCUUUGAACCCGGAACAACCCGCGAGUCUCUUUCACAUUGAAGUCGAGUUUAGCCUACCGGCAUCUCACGCAUCUCUGGGUGGAAGCGCAAACGACCAGGCGGACCUUGGAACGGUCGUGGCAGGUUAUCUUCGGUUUGGAACCAUAUCAGUUGGAGAUCGGGUUGUGCUUGGCCCCUUCCCAUCAGAUGAGGAUGACAGCAAAGGUUAUGCCCCGCCGGAAGGCCGAAGUUCGCCUGCCAGCUAUGGGAUGUCCUUGACACAUCCCUCAGCGACGGAACUAAACCGGUUUGCGACGCGCACUCCCGUUUCAGCGUCUACAAUUAAGGGAGAGUGGCAUACCGCCCGUGUCGUGAGCCUGCGGAACUUACGCCUUCCUGUCCUCAAGCUUGAAGCAGGACAAGCUGGCACUGUUGGGCUUGUGAUCGACCCGCUGAAGGAACCCCGGAUGGAUGACAGCCUUUUUGAGACGGUGCCUCCAGCUCCUCUCAAGAUCAGGAAAGGGAUGGUACUCGCCAUCCCGAGCAGGCAUAUGCUCGAUAGUGACAUCUCGCUGCAGGCCGCUAGCGGUCUGACUGCGGUCUUUCCUGGUCCAGAAGCAACUUCUCUUUCUGCCGGUAACCUAGUAAACAUCUACGUCGCCAGUGUCCGUGCCACAGCAAGGGUCUUGAAGGUUUUUGGAACGCCUGGAAGCGUGGGGGCCUACGGCGGUGCAUCGCCCCGCGAAGACGACGAUGAUGUGUUUGAUUUCAACGAUGGGCAUGAUGAUAUGGAGACGCAAGGUGACCGACCUUCAGCCCACAGAAACGUAGAGAUUCGUCUCGAGUUGCUGAACAACAGAGAGUGGAUCGAGCUUGGCUCACGCAUUGUGAUUCUGGAGGGAAGUCGGCCUGAGAGCUCUGGCCUGGAGGGCUUCGUAGGUACCGUGGUAGAAGUGGUGGACUAG